UGGCAUUUUUCCAAUGCUGUUUUCUGUUGUUUUUGGUCACUGUUUGCCAUAGAAAAGUAGAAAACUCCACAACUCCUUCAAGUUUUUACAGCUUCCUGGCUGAUAAUUGGUGUCAUUUUGGUAUUUUUUAAAGCUAAAACGCCUUUUAAACCUCAUUUUUAUCCGUCUGAACGAGUGUUAAAUCAUAAAAUAUGCAGUGAAUCUACAGCGUCUUCAACCUCGGCUGGAUUUUAUCUGAUAAAAACAGAAGUAAACCAGUUUUGUGUCGCGCCGCUGCAGCCGAAGGUAAAGUGGUCGACGUGGGAGCAACACGAAACAUCAGGCGGAAUAUUUUUAGGAUCUUCUUCUUCUUCUUCCACACCUCCACCUCCCGUCACUCCGUCACUCCUCCCUCUCCUCCCUCUCAGCUCUGCUUCACAUCCAGCAGCUCUCAGCAUCGACGGACAGAAAAUAGAGCAGAAUGGAGUCGGAGGAGCCGGCUGCUCCGUCCACCGACUCUCCGGAUUAAAGCUCCACGGCUGCCGCAUUCUCAAACCUCUUUGUCCUGAAAGUCGAAGAUGGAUGGAAAAACUCGCAGAGAAGACUGGAUUGAUCGUAGAUCUGAAGACAUGUGCUUCAAUCUGACAGCCUGAGAUGGAGACGAGCUGAUCGGAGUGGAUUACCCAGCAGGCAUCCAGGCUUUUUCUACCCAAACAUGCCGUAAUUAACUAACUAAACAUGAAUCAGUAGAUAAAUGUUCUGCUACCUUGUAACUCGUGAAAAACUGGAUAGAACUUAGUUAUCGUCAUCAUUUUUUUCAGAUUUUUCAUCCAUUUCGACUCCAAGUUUGUAUUUUCUCGGCAAAACUACAAGAUGUGAUGAAAAAUGGGUGAAAAAAGCGGUAAAGUAUCAGUUUUCUUGGUAAUUUAGCCCGGAUACAGUUCUACCACUCUACGAUUUCAUUUAUCUGUUAUCCAAAGAGACGGACAUCUGAGAGUAGAAACAACACAAAUGUCUUUAAAAAUCGAGCUAAUUUGACUGAAAACCUUCGGAAACUUUGCCUGUUGUUGAAUAAUGACCCCUUUGGUGAAGCUAAAGUUGACGAAACAGUUUUUACAUCCAUAACUUUCACAGAUUUCAAGGAUCUUCUGGUGUUUUUAAAGUCUCUACGUACAAAUUUUAGGCUCCUUCUGUCAAUUUUCAGUGUUUUGGAGAGGUUUCUGAUGAUGAAUUGUCCAUAAGCGAUUUUUAUCCCGAAGUGUUUCCGUCAUGAGUCCCGUUCUGGACUGAAGCCCCCGUUGGUCGCAGGUAUUUGGAUCCUCUGUGGCUCCGCCCACCCAGUCGGGGAGAUGGCGGCGGCCAUCGCCAGCUCCCUGAUCCGACAGAAGCGUCAGGCCCGAGAGUCCAACAGCGAUAAAGUCGCCACCAACAAGAGGCGCUCCAGUCCCACCAAAGACCCCCGGUCUCUGUGCGAGCGACACAUCUUCAGCGUCUUUAGCAAAGUUCGCUUCUGCAGCGGCAAGAAAAGGCCAGUUCGCCGGAAACCAGAGCCCCAGCUGAAGGGCAUCGUGACGCGUCUCUUCAGCGAACAGGGAUUCUUCCUGCAGAUGCAGCCGGAUGGAGCCAUCAGCGGCAACAAGGACGAGAACAGCGACUACACCCUGUUCAACCUGAUCCCGGUGGGUUUGAGGGUCGUGGCCAUCCAGGGAGUGAAGGCUGGACUGUAUGUGGCCAUGAACGCCGAGGGAUUCCUCUACACAUCAGAUGUGUUCACAGCAGAGUGUAAGUUCAAGGAGUCGGUGUUCGAGAACUACUACGUCAUCUACUCGUCCACGCUGUACCGGCAGCACGAGUCGGGCCGAGCCUGGUUCCUGGGCCUCAACAAGGAAGGAGUCGUCAUGAAGGGAAACCGAGUGAAGAAGACCAAACCCUGCUCACACUUCGUCCCCAGACCCAUCGAAGUCUGUAUGUAUAAAGAGCCGUCGCUGCAUGAGUUGGAGGAGAAGCUGCUGAAGAACUCGAGGAGCCCGACGCUGAACAGCGAGGGUCGGCCGAGGAGUCUGGCUCAGGAGGCGCAGCAGCUGGAGGACUCCACAGAGCAGGACGGGUCGUAGCCUGCAGCGCCCCCCGCAGGCGGAGCAGGAGAACUCCCAUUUUAACACUCCCUCUGUUCAGCAACAACAGCAACUACAACCACGACGACGACGACAACAACAACAACCGCCACGAUGAUGAUGGCAACGAAAACAAAGAAAAAAAAAGAAGCUAAAAAAAAAUAAUAAAAUAAACGGGGGAAAAAAUUCUUCUUCUUGCUCGUGAUGAAAUAUUUUAACUGGGGAGGGUGGCGAGGGGGAGGGGCUUGUUUGGAAAAAAAUAAAUAUUCAGGACGUUGAUGAUGAUGAUUUACAUUUUAUGCAAAUAGCCCUGCUGAGACGGCGCCAGGUUGCUAGCACACUUAUUCUUCAUCGCCACAUCGUAAUCAUAAUCAUCAUUCGUGUCACGACGAUGACGAAAUGUUUUCCCGAGUCAAGCGAGUGCUGAGAACUCUGAAGCUUUAAGCCAUGUAGAAACUUCACUUCCUUUCAUUUCCGAAUGAAUGCAAAAACCUUCGCACUUUUGACACGCCGCGCUUCUUCCUCUUCCUCUUUGUGAUGUUCCGUCCAAUCAGAAGGAAGAUUUUCUGUUUCCUCAGCUGCCACAUCUGGUUUGUUUUCGGGAGGAUCUUGUGGGUUUUGUUGCAGUCACUGCCGAUUCAAAGGUCCGGAGGAGGAUGAAGGACUUCAGGCUGCUUCCUGCUUCACGUUCAGGACGGAGUGAGAUUCUGUCUGUUUACUGGAAAUCACUCACAAACUCCACAGUCCUGCUUUUCCUCGGCGGCCGGCAGAGUUCAGAUCGAUCGAUUUACUUCCGACUUUAAAUCUGCUGCAGAGAGAAAAUCCACUUUCCAUAAUUGUGGUAAUCAGAUGCAAAAAUAUAGAUCCUUAAAUUAGUUUUUUAUCCCUGAGUUAUGUCUGCAGAAUUUGGUCUAAGGCUUCAGCCUGACAGGCAAAACUCAAGGCAAAAAAGCAUCAGAAAACGUCUCCGAAAUCAGUUUCUAAUUAAGAGAUAAUAGAAGAUUCUUGUCCUCCGGAUGUUAAUUUACAAAAAGUACGUCAACAAAUUUUCACUGACAACCUUUUUCUCACAACAACAACAACAAAAUAAUAAGUAAUACUUCAGCUGAGAAUCUAUGAGAAAAUGUUUCACUAUAUUUGUGUUUGUCUCAAACACAUGAGCUCUGGUCGGAGGUCAUUAACCGACUCAUAAGUCUUUGUCAUGGUGCCACUUUAGAAGCUAAACCCCCAACUGAAAACUUAAAUUUGAAAACAGGAACUAUGAUGAAAUUUCACCCCUUUUGUCAAUAAAUGAAAAUCAGGAAUCGUGUCCAAAAUCAGCCUCAGAUGUCAGAAAAUAUUGCCUCUUAAAUAUGACUUCUGUCCUCAUAGAAACGUCUGAUUUAGCUGCAUUGUCUUUGGAAGAUGUGUCGAUAAAACAGCGCUAAUUCCGAAAAAUAGUCAUUGACAACUAAUUUUUGCACAAAUAGCUCUGUUUUGUAAGAAACUGGAUACAGGAUAGUACUCUAGUUGAACCCAGUUUGUCUCAAACACAUGAGCUCUGGUUGGAGGUCAUUAACUGACUCUUAAGUGUCUGUCAUUGUGCCUCUUUACCAGCUAAACCCUCAAUUAAAAAGUAAACUUUAGAAACAGGACCAAUGACGAAAUGUCUAACUCCUUUUGUCAAUAAAUAGAAAUCAGGAAUUGUGUCCGAAAUCUGUCUCGAAUGUGAGAAAAUAUUGGUUCCUGGAUCUCUGGUUGGAGGUCAUUAAGCAACUUUAAAGUCUUUGUCAUGGUGCCCCUUUACCAGCUAAAUGCUUAACGAAAAAGUAGUAUUUCAAAACAGGAACUAUGACCAAAUGUUUCACUCUUUUCAUCAAUUGGUAAAGUCGGGAAACAUGACCAAAUUCAGCUUCCAAGCAAAAGAUAUUACUGGUUAUUGCAGGAAAGUCUUCACUAAGACUUUUGUCCUCUGCAGUUUGCUGUCCUGGAGAUUAGAAGUGCCAGAUUUAGCCAAAAAAUGUCUUAAAAAUAGCAAAAAGCUAAACAGGAUCUUUGACAGAAAUAAUUAAAUUUUUAAUUUUUGUAACUACUGAUGAAAACCAGAUUAAAAUGUUUUUAGUUUUUGCAACUAAAACUACUAAAAAUCAAAGUGAAUCUAAAACUCAUUCUUAUGUUAAAAGCCCUCUUUAUAUUCAAUUCGUCCAUCUUUUAUGCAAUCAAUAACCAAAAAAAGUAAAAUAUUUCAUCAUGCUUCUUAUUUUGAUGGGUUUUGGUAGUUUUCAUUAUAACUCAAAGACGACCGUGAAUAUUUUCUGAUGUAACCCAAGAAAACAAAUGGAAACUGCAGAUAUUUCUCCAUCUCUGGGGAGUUUCCUGAUGUCGCAGGGUCCUCGAACGCAUCACAAUGUAAGCUAAUCUGAUGAUGAUCUCUCUGUGGCAGACGAAGCUCUGAAAUCUGCCCGUCUUUGAAGGCAUCGUCAGGAACGUGGAGUCCGUUCGCAGCUUCUUCGUGCUGCGUUCAGGUUCAACUCGGAUGGAGAGGUUUCAGUGUGUUGCAUGAUGUUUUUUCCAGAUGUUUGGGAGAUUAUAAAUGAUCCACGUGGACUCUGAAGGCCGAGUUGUGCAACUGUGAUCCGGACCGAGUCGCACCUGUCCGUCCAGGUGUGUGAACUCUGUACGACACCCGACGAGGAGAAGCCACAGCAUGCGUUCAAGAGCCUGAAUGUCGACACUUUGUCCUGUUUUACAACACAUUUUGUUUCUGUGAGGCGUUUUAAAAAAAUUUUAAAAGUUUAGUGUUCAAUAAUAGGCCACACCCCUUUUCCAGAGCACCGUCCAAUCACAGCGCAGUAUUAUAGCUCUCAGUGAUUGGUUCUGCUGAUUAUUGGGGAUUUUCCUUGGAAUUUAUUCUUUUUUGUGUCAAAUUUAUGAAAAAAGGCAAGUUAUGACUGAUUAUUCGUAUUGAUUCACACAAAAGCAAAAGUGUGUGCACAUAAUUGUGAAUAAUUGCAUUUUUUUUCUUGUUUAAAAUAAGAAAAAAUCUAAUUUGGGGUUAAAAUUCUCCUUUUGUGAGAGUUAAUUAUGUGUCUUGAUGCCAAAAAUGGAUAUUCUGUUUCAUAUAUUUCAUAUUUUUUUCAUUUCUUUCAACUGAAAAUGUCCGAUUUUUGUUGUUUCUAGCUUCUCAGAUGCUUUUCUCUGUCGAUUCUGAACUAUAUUGGAAAAUAAUUAAUCAAUAAUAAUCAAUAAUAACAGAACAGUAGUUUAGUAGCUGUGGGUUAAAGGAUGAAACUGAUGAAUGUUGUUUAAAUUUAUUAUCCUGAUUCAGAGCAGCGGCUUGUUGAAGUGACGUCACGUCGUUUUGGACUUUCUGAUCGUGGUGCGUCCCAAAACCUUGGAAUUCUCAGUAUCUGGGGAGGAAACUACGGUGGCCGAGAGGUGCAAACCAAAUUUACACAAUGCAAAACACUUUUACAACCUCCAAGACAAAUUUACAAGCGACAAAACACUUUUACAAGUUCGAAAACACUUUUACAAGUCCGAAAACACUUUUACAAAUCAAAAUGUAACCGGAAAGGGAAUGUCCCAACUCCAGGGCUGAAGCGGAAGUGACGACGAGGAGCGGCUAAUGCAACGGACAACGAGCGGGUGAUGUUUUGCCUGUUUUGUGGGGAACAUAUAAACCGAUUGACGCGGUUUUGUUUUUCGUGUGGUCGGUCUUUAGAGUGUUUAAAUGGCGCAGAUCAGACCGACAGAGUGCAUUAGCCGCUCCUCGUCGUCACUUCUGCUUCAGCCCUGGAGUUGGGACAUUCCCUUUCCGGUUACAUUUUGAUUUGUAAAAGUGUUUUCGGACUUGUAAAAGUGUUUUGUCGCUUGUAAAUUUGUCUUGGAGGUUGUAAAAGUGUUUUGCAUUAUGUAAAAGUGUUUUGCAUUAUGUAAAUUUGGUUUGCACCUCUCGGCCACCGUAGGAAACAGUGACCUUAGCUUCAUAUUUCAUUACUUGAUCAAUCAAUUUCGGCCGUAAAUUAAUCAGCUACAGAUUUAAAAACUGAUAAAUCACUCGUUGGACGUGACUAUUUGCUGGUUUUCUCAGUUUCCUGUGAAUUGAAACUCUCCUAGUUUCUUUCACCUCCGCGGUGCGUUCAGGUGUCGGCUGAUUGUAGGAUUCGGUAGCGCCUUUAACACUGCCCUGCUUCGUCCACGAAGAGCACUGCCCUGAAACUGUUUUACUCCGACCUCGUCUGAACUUCACCAACCUGAGAGGAAAAGAACGACUUCCUGCUGCCUUUCAAAGUAAAAAUCUGAAUCUUUAAUAUAUUGUAUAUAUAAAUUACCCAAAAAAUGCAAUAUAAUCAUAAUCAAUUUAAUAUAUUAAAAUGUAGUCUCAAGCAAGCAUAAGUUAUGGCAACUGGACUAACCUCGUGUGAGUCGAAAACAUUUCACCUCUCAUCCAAGAGGCUUCUUCUUGGCUUCUUCUUCUUGGUUUGAGAGAGGGGUAAAAGAAGCCAUUCAUGUCAAACUAGAACGGCCAUCUUUGAACAGAGGAGGGGGCCUCAGACACCACUUGUCUCCCACUUACAACGCCAUUCUUAGAGCCCUCCCAAGGAGGUGCAGCCAUCUGUCCCACCUGCAGUCAGGUGACCCCCAACCACCCUCCUAGAGGGCUGGGAGGGGUAACGACCGCCCAUCAAAGGCUAACGACUCACAUUAACACCUAACGAGUCUGUUGGUUUCGGGUCUUUGUCCACUUGUUUUUGCCACCACCCUCCUGGUGGAUAAAUAUCUGGUACUCCCCACCAGGCUUUCAGAACUGAAGAAGCCUCUUGGAUGAGAGGUGAAACGUUUUCGACUCACACGAGGUUAGUCCAGUUACCAUAACUUAUGCUUGCUUGAGACUUAUCAUGACCUGGAUGACUGAGAACAUCCACAGAUUUAUAUUAAAAUGUAUGUAAAUUGUAACAAAAUUUACUGUAAAAUGUCCAUAAAUUACAAGUGAAUUGGUAAUUGAUUUUAUUCCGGCCAAAAUAAAUUUAUUUCUUGGUUUUACCACCCAGCGUUAUAUUAACAACGGUGUGUUUUCUAAUAUGUAAAUCAACAAAAUUCCAUGAAUUUUGGGGGUUUUGUCACCCAACACACAGUAGGGCUUGAUUUAUUCAUUAAAAUGUUUGUAAUUUUCAAGUCAUUUAUUGUAAAAUGUGUGGAAUUUUACAAAAAUUGCAAAUAAUUUAAAAUUUAAUGUACAAUUAAUGUAAGCAGCAGAUUUGUUCUCUGACGGUUUUUAGUGAAGAAAUAAUUAAAGAGUUUAAAGUUCAGACGAGUCACUUCACUGCCCCAAAACUUUUAUUACCUUCCUGGAACUGGAACCCUUUAGUCCUCUGGAAGUUACCGAGUUUCCCAGAAACAUCCGAGACGUUUAACGUUGGUCCUCCUGAAGAAGUUCUAAAAGUUCCACCAUCAGAAGUUCUAUCACUGCCUUCCUAAGAACAGACGUUCUACAGGAGAAAAUGGGAAAUUUUAGGAAAUCUUAAAAAUGUUUUGGUAGAUUUUGUUUCAUCCCAUAAAACUUGUCAAAUCUUCUUGGUUUUUGCAAAAUUACAAAAAUAAAUAUGAUUCAUGAAUGACAUUAAUGCAAAUUAUGUAAAAUUUUUGAUUCUUUACAACAUUUCUGGGAUGAAAAGAAACAAAAAAAAUCCUGUUUUGAAUCAAAAACGUGGUUGAGAAUGAAAAAAAUAUGUUUUUGCUGCUAAUUUUGGCUGCAAAAAUGACAAAAUUCCAUGGAAAACCUCAAUAAAUUAUAUUUUUUGGUAAUUAAAUCAAAAUAAAUUCAGAAAAAAUCAACAGAAUGAGAAAUUAGGAAUGUUUGAGAUUUAAAAAUACAUAUUAAAACAUGAAAACUGUUUUGAAAAGAACACAAAUCUAAUAAUUAAAAUUUAAAUAAUAUUUAGAAUAAAGCCUUUUGUUUUUUUGGAUUAUUUCUUUCUUAAUUUUUUCUUUUUAAAUCAAAAGAAAUUCAAAAUAAAUCAAAAAAGACAAUGAAUGACAAUAUUGUGUGAAAAAAGUCAAGCAAUGUCAUUAAAAAAUUGAAAAUCACAGAAAUAAUGUAAAUGAAACCAUUUUUAGUGUGUUUUUUGUCACUUUUUUCUUUUUUAAAUCAAAAUAAUUUCAAAAUAAAUCAACAGAACUAGAAAUUAAACAACGUUGAAAAGAAAAUAUGAAAAACUUAAUGUAAUAAUUAAAAUCUAAAAUGUUUUUGGUGUAAACUGAUGAAGAAGAGCUCGGACGUUUAGUGUGGUCCUUGAACGCAUCGCAGGUUCGAUGAUUUCUGGGAAACUCGUCUCCUCCAAUCAGCCAGCAGGAAUGAAACACGUCAAAAACACGUUUAGAUUAUCGAUUACUGACAGAAUAUUGAUUAUCUGUCGUGUUUUUACGAUGUGACAUCACUCUGAUGGUUAAAAAUUAGAACUUUUUGCAUGUUGAUGAAAGAAAAUCACAAAGUCGCUGCUGUUUGGGUUAAAGGGGGUGGAGCCAGAGUGGGUGGGGCCAGAGUGGGCGGCUCUGAUUGGCUGCCGUGGACCAGGUGUUUGUUUUUCUUUGUUCCGGGUGUCAUGUUAUUAUUUUUAUUGGUUGGACGACGGACUGAAGGUCAGAAAGAACCAAUCCAAUCCACCGUACUGCCUCUGAGAACGUCUUCCAGUUCGGACUCGUUUGGAUGACCGAGAACCAAACGCUCGACGGGAAUGUUGAAAAACGAGAAACUUUUCUGCCUCCGGAGCUGCUGGAACCCGAACAGAACCGGUUCUGGGCUCAGAUUUAACGGAACGACGGCGCCGCCUUCAGGUCGAAACAAGAAAAAAACACGAAAAACAAAGAAAAAACCUGAAUGUAGGGAAGACAAACUGUGCCACAAAACACCACAAAAAUAAAAAUUCACUCAUUUUUUUUAAUGUGGCCAAAAAUUUGUGAUAAUUUAAAAAGAUAUUUCUUCAAGUUAUAAUUCAUCUACAAAUAUUUUUAUUUAAUCACAUCUUAUCAACAUAUUUUUUUGUUUAUUUAGUUUUUGCGUAUCAGCAGCCGACAAUAACAAACUAAAUUACAUUAAAUUUUAAAUUACAUGAAUGGUGUUUUUUUUCAGUAUUUUCUGUAAUUUUUUGUCUUUAAAUCAAAAAAAAUAUAAAUAAUGUAGAAAUUCUGAAAAAAUUAAACAAUUUUGAAAAGAAAAUGUAAAACCAAUAGUAAUACUUAUAAUUUAAAUAUUUUUCGGAUUAAUUCCUAUUUGUUUUGAUUUUUUCCUUGAUUUUUGACUUAAGAUCAAAAGAAUUCAAAAUAAAUCAUCAAAAUGAGGAAUUAGGAAUGUUUGAUAUUAAAAAUAUUUAAGUAAAACAUUAAAACAGUUUUGAAAAACAAAAAGGAAAAAAUCAUAGUAAGAAUUAAAAUUAAAAGAUGAUUUUUAAUAAAUUUUUCUAUAUUAAAAUGUGUGGAUUUUCAUUUUUUCAUCUUAUUUUUUUUCUUUGUAAACAAAAAAAAAUUCAAAAUAAAUCAGCUGAAUGAAAACUUAGAAAAAAUACCGAUGAUGUAAGACAUAUUUAAAAAUCACAAUAAUAAUUAAAAUGACAAAAUGAUUUUUAUAUAUAUAUUUUUAAUUAAUUUAAUUUUAGUUUUUUAAAAGUAGUUUUUGUUUUUAAAUUUUCUAUUAAAUCUGUGAGUAAAUCAAUAAACAACACAAUAAAUGAAUCAGAAAAGCUUUGUUUACAUUUUAAAAAACAAAAUCUUUUUCAGCAGCCUUCCAUAAACAAAAACAAGUUUGUAGUCGAGUAGAAAAUGUUUGAGGACGUAAGAAAAUUUAAUUGUUCUGUUUUUUUGAGAAAUAAUCAAAGUCUUUUGCAUGUUUGCAGCUUUAAAUCUGUUCAUAGAAAUGUUUAUUUGUCUUUGUGGACACAUCGUUUGGAUUUUAUUGAUUUAUUUUCUCCACGAGGCUGAAUUUUAUCCCAAAUUCAGGUUUUUAAAUCAGAGUCUGGCGCUGCGUUCACACGCUGUGGGAAAAAAACAGUUUUCCUGGUGUUAAAGGUUCACCUGAAGGCAGCAGCGGUUCUUUUUUUUUUUUUUUUUUUUUUUUUUUUUAACUUCUGAGCAUCAGGAAACGUAGAAAAGUCUCUCUGCAGCGGAACUCUUUCUUUAUCCAAACCAGAGCGGCGGCGUCCUGCAGGGGGCGCCGUCGCUGGAUGAUGAUGUCAUAGCGGAGCGACGGGGAGCCGCCAUGUUUGAAAUGUCUGGAUGUUUCUUUGUGUUCGCCGAUGUUUGCACCUUUUUCUGAGACACUUCAUUUAAACGCAUCAUGUAUUAGAAACGUCAUCGCAAAAAACACAUCAGGAUGAAAAAAGGCAACAAAAAAUUAAAAAAAGAGCUAAAUAACGA